AUGUUUGGAUCAAGCUCCUCAUUUGGAGCGAAACCGUCAAUUUUUGGUAGCACAACAACUACCACCACAACCACUAACCCUAAUGCGGAAGAUAUUGCCGUGAGUGGUCCAAUCAACAUUCCCAAUCGAAAGACAGUCUAUCAACGCAGUAUUAAGGUCGAAGGAUCACCAGAUGAUACAGUCCAAGUGCUCCGGUUUAGCCCGAAUCCAAACGAAAAACCCUUGUUAGCGGCUGGAAGUUGGGAUGGUGUCGUUCGAGUGUGGAUGGUAAACGAUAAUGGGCAAUGUGAGGGAAAGGCGCAGCAAAAUAUCCCAGCUCCAAUACUUGAUCUAUCGUGGACAGAUGAUGGUACAAAGAUAUUCAUAGCAGCUGGCGACAAGGAGGUUCGGUUGUGGGAUCUCGCUUCCAAUCAAGUCGCUGUCGUUGGAACGCAUGACGGCCCUGUGAAGACCUGUCAUUGGAUUAAAGGCAACAAUUAUUCUUGCUUAAUGACUGGAUCAUGGGACAAGACCUUACGGUUUUGGGAUAUGAGGCAGUUACCGACACAGUCUUCGCUCGCUAAUAUAACGCUGCCAGAACGGGUGUACUGCGCUGAUGUGUUGUACCCCAUGGCCGCUGUUGGUUUAGCAAAUCGCCACAUAAAGGUGUACAAUCUGGAAAACGGACCACAAGAAGUGAAAAAUAUAGAAAGCCAGUUGAAAUUCCAGCACCGGUGCGUGUCUAUUUUCAAGGACAAAACUAAUUCAAUGCCUUGUGGUUUUGCCGUAGGAUCUAUAGAAGGUCAGUUUUUUUUUCUACAUGAAGGGAAACAGAAGAAUACAGUAAAAAAUACCGUGUUCUAUCACUGGGAUGAUGGAUCUUGA